AUGAUACUUGACGAUAAUUAUUUUGUUCAAAAACCUGUAGAGGUUAUUGAAAUGACCGAUGAGUAUCAAGGUCGAUCAUUUUUAACACAGCGAGAAAUUAUAGAAAAGCAAAAUGAAGAAAGCCGUCGUCUCAAUGAGGAGAAUGCGAAUAUUUA